GCCACCACUGCGCAUCUUAUACAAGAUCCUCUCUCUCUCUCUCCUACAAUCCUAUUAUUCCCUUUUCGCUCCUUCUAUAUAUAAAUAGCAGCACUGAUAUAUAAAUAAUAGAGAUCCUCCUCCUCCCUAUAGAUUCCCAGAAUCGCACUCUCUCUCUCUGACAUACCAGAAACGAACCCAGAAAAUAAAAAAAAUAAAAAGGAAAGAAACUUUCUUUCUGCUUCCUUAUUUUUUUGGCGCGAAAAAAAAGGAAGCAGCAAUGAAAAUAGCCAAUGGGGAUCGGGAGGUGUGCGUGGCCUCGCCUGCGGCGAAGGCUCCGUCGGUCGGAGAUGAGAAAGAGAGGGAGGCAGACGCAUUCGUGCCACCUCUAAACUUUGCGAUGGUCGACAAUGGCGUGUUUAGGUCCGGUUUCCCUCAUUCUGGCAAUUUCAGCUUUUUGAAAUCCCUAGGCCUACGUUCCGUUAUAUACUUGUGCCCGGAGCCGUAUCCGGAGGAGAACAAAGAGUUUUUGAAAGCAAAUGGGAUUAGGCUUUUCCAGUUUGGGAUGGAUGGCUCUCAGUUGAUGUUUUCACUCAUGUGGCUUGCAAUUGCAACAUAUUUGCAAAUGGAUGCUGGACGACAGGAACAUUAUGUGAAAAUUCCGGAGCACGCAAUUCGUGAAGCAUUACAAGUAGUCCUUGGAUUUGUUUGUUUAACAAUUUGGUUAUCGACUUGGAUGCCUGUGUCUGCAAGAUGUAAGGAAUCACCCGCUCCUGAUUCAUUGCAAACGAGGGAAGCACCGGACAGGCUGCCUUGUUGGAUGCUUAAGAAGAUUGCAAAAAUGGUGCCUGACUUCAAUCUUCGACGAGUACCAGAGGUUUGCAGCUGCAAAAGCUAGAGUUUCAGAUCAAAGGUUCAUCGAAUUGUUUGAUAUUUCUACCUUCAAACACUUGCCAACGUCAUUUUCGUGUUCAAAAAGGGUAGUGUAGAGUCAUUCGCUCCCUGGAUAAUGACCUUUCAGUCCUUUUAGUAUGUGAAGAUGAUUAUUCAUGAUUGAAUUUGAUCUGUCGCUAAGUCCAGAAGAAUGUGCAAUACUCAAAAUGCGUGUUCAUUUUCAUGCAAAUCUGUACCUCACAGUACACAAUAGGCGUUUAUUCCAACUUACUUUAAACUUUUUAUGAUUCA